AGUUGUGCGCCGAGCGCCGUAGGAGGAGGAGCGUACUGGCGCUGGUGAGACGUCGCGAGGGUAGCUGGACUGUUGUAGCGAUGGUUUAGAGUGUGAAUUGCGGACGAUGAACAGUGGACGGUGAUUGUUUGACACAGUGCAGUGCUCAGAUACUGAGUUGACACUGGUUACCGGCCCACUCCCAGAGCGGAGAAGGGAGAUCAGUGAACUGUGGAACUGAAAAGGAAGUUGGCGGGUUGAUUCCUUGAGACCGGAGAGGAAUGCAGUGAAUGGUCUUCUACUGAAACGAGAUUGUGUAGAAGUGGACUUUGGGUAUCAGUUCGAGUGAAUCACUCUACGAUUGAGAAGUUUUUGGGCGACCGAUUGGACCGCGAGGCUCGCCGCCGGGGCGGACGGUCCUCCACCAUGGACAACCGGGACGCGGUGAUAGCGCUGCAGAGCCGGCGUAUCGCCGAGCUGUGUGGACAGCUGGAGACGGUCACCGGCGAGCGUGACAUGCUGCAUUUGGAGCUGCAGCAGCUGCGGUGUCAGCUGGAGCUGCGCGAGCUCACUGCGCACACCAGCUCGGCGCCGCGGCUGCUGACCACAUCUUCUGGCUCCGAUGUGCCCCCACCGAUGGCACCGCCGCCGGCCCGCCGAAAGCCAGAUACGACCUGCCUCAAACGGUCCCGCAUCAACGCAGGGUACGAGCUGAGCCAUGACCUGGCCGAGCGCCAGGUGGCCUGUCUGGAGCGGCGCUACGGCGGCCGGCGCGCGCGUCGCGCUGCCAUCAUCAUCCAGCGCGCCUACCGACGCUAUGCCCUCGACAAGAAGUUCCGAGCCAUCACACUGUCGGCCAAGUCGGAUCGGCGCCUGUCGCGGCGCUUCGAGGUGCCGGCCGCGUGGCGGCAGCCCCCGCCGCCCGUCCGCCACGCGGCCAUGUCCCGCCAGACCUCGGGAACGUCGGGUCACAGCAGCGGUCUGAACGGCAGCCUGGAGAACGACUCGGACCUGUCCGACCGCGAGUACCAGAGCUAUGGCUUCCUGAACGACUCGACCUACCUGAGCGAGUACUACACGCCCCCCUCGUCGGCCGGGCUGGGCGGCCGAGGAAUGAACGGGCUCGGAGCGCCCACAGGAAUCUACAUGGGUGACCACCAGCGAGUAGCGGCACCGGGCGGGGGCGGGGGCGGCCGGCGGCGGCAGCGCGGACCGCCGCCCGAGCCGCCUCACCGCACCACCUCUGUGUCGUGUUCUGCCAUGCCACGACCGCUGGAUGCUGCCAGCUCGAGCAGUGAGAGCAGCCUGGCCUCGGCCGGACCGGUCAGCACAUCUUCACCGGUGAUGCGCCGCCGCUCGCAGAGGUCAUCAUCGAGCCACUCGAGCGGCGGCCAUCGCACGCUGCCGCGCACCCAGAGCGACUCGGCACCCCCGCCUAGCGACCAGGUGGACCGAGUACCACGUCUGGGUGACCCGCGUCCCGCGCCGGCCGCCGCUGUCAGCUACAGCAGUUGCAAGGUCCCGGAGAUUGUCCGUAAGCGUCAGUACCGCGUCGGCCUGAACCUCUUCAACACAAAACCAGAGAGGGGUGUGGCCUACCUGAUGGCGCGAGGGUUCCUGGACGAGACGCCUCAGGGGGUGGCGCGCUUCCUCAUCACGAGGAAGGGGCUGAGCAAACAGCGGAUCGGCGAGUACCUCGGAGACCUGCAGUCGCCCUUCUGCGCCGCCGUCCUAGAAGCGUUCGCCCAGGAGCUGGACUUUUACAACAUGCAGCUGGACGCGGCACUGCGCAAGUUCCAGGCCUACUUCCGCCUUCCAGGGGAGGCGCAGAAGAUCGAACGACUCAUGGAGGUGUUUGGCCAGCGGUACACGCAGUGUAACCAUGAGUUCGUGUCCAGUCUGAAGACGCCCGACACCGUCUUCGUCUUGGCCUUCGCCAUCAUCAUGCUCAACACGGACCUCUUCACCCCGAACAUCAAACCGGAGCGGAAGAUGAAGCUGGAGGACUUCAUCAAAAACCUGCGCAACAUUGACGACGGAGCCGACGUGGACCCACACAUCCUGGCCGGAAUCUACGAGCGGGUGCGCGCCCAGGAGUUCCGCGCCGGUGCAGACCACGUCACGCCCGUGCUGAAAGUGGAGCAGACCACCAUCGGAAAGAAACCGCAGCCGCUGGCGCUGCCGCACCGUCGCCUGGUCUGCUACUGCCGCCUGUACGAGGUGCCCGACGUCUCCAAACGCGACCGGCCCGGCGUCCACCAGCGAGAGGUGUUCCUCUUCAACGACCUCAUGCUCGUCACUAAGAUCUUCAGCAAGAAGAAGAACGCCAUGACCUACUCGUGUCGGCAGAGCAUCCCGCUGGCCGGACUGUCCGUGUCGGCGUUCGACCUUCCACACUACCCAUUCGGGAUCCGGCUGUCUCAGCGUGUGGACGGAAAGGUGCUGCUCACCUUCAACGCACGCAACGAGCACGACCGGACCAAAUUCUGCGAGGACCUGCGCGAGAGUAUCCUGGAAAUGGACGAGAUGGAGGCACUGCGGAUCGACGCCGGUCUGGAGCGGCAGAAGGCGGCCGCCGCCGCUACACGCGCAGGCCGGCCGACCGAUAACCGGGACUCGGGCGUAGCUGACGUCGAGGACGGCUCAGACGGCUCGGCAAAGUCCGCCAGCAGCGGCGGCGUUGGACUGAAGCGGGCCGCCCUCUCCAACUCUCUACUCGACGUCAGCGAGGCGCGGCCGCAGAGGCGCGGCAGCGUAGGUUCGCUAGACUCGGGGAUGUCUGUGAGCUUCCAGUCGAGCAGCACGGCGUCGGCGCAGACGGGGAGUCCUCCCACCCAGCCGGCCGGCCAGCGAGCGCAGCGAAGGCCACAGAGACGCCACUGAGCGCCCCGGGUAGGCGGCUGAGAGUCCGCGGGUCGGAGUAACUAGUUAAUGCAGUGGUGUGUUGGUAGGGCAGGGCGACCGAUAGCGCUCAUGAAGGCGUGACGAUGGGUUGUAAGAGCUACGUAGAACGGUUUUGAGCCAGGAGAGUCUGACCAAGGAGGGCCGCGGCGGAUGUUCGGUCGCCGCUGAUCGUGGGCUCCUGAGGGUGGUGUGGAGAUCGAUCAGGGUCAUCGGUGGCUGUUGGCCACCCCAGCCUACAGUUCGCGCCGGUCGAGCGCUGUGCAAUACCUUCGCGGGGUGCCGUGCGGACGAACCGCACCUGUUUGACUGUAUUACAACUGAGACUGUAUUUGACUUAUGACGACCUCUUAGUUUCGUUAAACACUGCGAAUCAAGGACUCCUCUAUUUACCCCCCCCCCCCCCCCCCGCCCCCCCCCCCCCAAGUCAGGACGGUAUGAGCCAUGCGAUUUCAUGUUCGUUGGCUCAAUUCAUCCACUUCCCGUGGUCGGCGGCGACAUCUGUUGAGCGUUUGAUCACCCCAGAAGCCCGGAUGGCGCCGAACCGUUCGCUGCGCUCCCAAGUGGUGCUGUAUUCGCAGAGUCAACUAACACGUAUCUAGUCUGGACCGUGGCGCUGCGAUGGGGUGUUACUGACUGUAGCGACGUGCUGUAAAUAUCCGAGAACGGGACGCGCGGGGCAGACCAAGAGGCGCCCUCACAGACCGGUGAUAUGCAAACUGUAUUGUAUCAGCCCGAAACGUAAACGCAUGUCUCGUAUUUUGACGAAUAUAUCACAUGUCAAGGUUGA